AUGGCACCAAAGAAACCAAGGGCACCAAAAGGACUAGGUUCUAUUCUAACAAGGAAGAAGUCCAAAUCCCGAAGCUCAACUACAAAACGAGCCAAAAUUAUCAGUGAAGAAGAACGCAUUGCGGGCCUUGCCCAAAUUGCCUCUCGGCUAGAAGCUUUUUGCAAGGAACGCCACACCUCACCUGACCCUCUUCCCAUUUUAGGAGGUAGAGACUCGGGUCAGGGGUCUGUUAAAUGUGGUGACACAACACUUGACCGCUACAGGUCAGUCUGGAAAGGAAUGCUUGAUUUUUGCAUUCUUAUUGGCGACUACACGUCUGGAAUCAUUCUCCGCCAGUCACAUUGCCCUGCAAAACCUCCACCAGUGUCGCUCAAAACUUGCAUCCUCUACAUGAGAUACCGUGUACUGCCUCCAGGUACAAGUGUUAUCAAUCCAGAUUCAACAACUGCUUUUGUGUAUGGCCCCAACAAGACAGAGCUCAAAGCUGUUGGCACCUGGACUGCAGAAUCCACCGUUGGCAACUUGAACAGUGCGCUCUGGACACUUCACAGGUGUUAUGAGACAACCCGCGACAAGUAUCAGGAACAAUGCAAACAAUGCCGUGAAAUAGAUGUAGAAGAUUCAAAAAAAGGCCAUGGCUGCAGUGAUCAUGGAGGUAAUCCUCACUAUUGGAGGCGGGGCAAUCCUUCCGAAAGUGUUCUUUUUAAGAAUGCCCUUAACGUGUUACGGGAGUACUGCGAGAACAACUACAAACAUCGGCAAACUGUGGCCUUCCUUCCAUUCCAACUCAGGAAUAUCAGGACUUCCCUCCUCUCGUCUGGGUCUCUUGAGCAGCUUAUGCUUUGGUCUGCAAUGAUCCUUGCAUCCAAACUCUUCCUGCGCAUUGACGAAGUGCUUUCACUCCAUGUGGAUUCUUUUGUUGUCAAGCACUUUCUCAUCAAAAAGAAGAAAGUUGUGGCCCUCAUGCUCAAGAUCAAAGGCAAAACCGACCCUCGUUAUAACCACUUCCUACUGUGGGACGAUGAUGAGUACCCGGAAUUGUCUCCAGUCCGGCCACUGCUGCUAUACCUUGCCAUCUCUGGCAGGAAGAGUGGAUAUCUCUUCCCAAAACUUGAACAGAUCAACUGGGAAGAUGCAACUGAACCCUAUAGCUACUAUCAUUUCCUCAGCGACAUGGAGAUCCUAUUUACAGACGUCCUUCAGCUCGACUUACUGCAAGAGGAUGGAACAGAAAUGUGUGCAGGCACCCAUGCAUUGAGGAAGACAGCAUAUCUACUUGCAUGGUGGGCAAUACAUACACACCCCACAUCCUUCCAAAGCCACUUUGAAGCAGCCGAUAUUCUCCCAGUUGAGCAAUUAGCAUCCCUGAGUAACGACGCAAGACACAAAAGUUCCCAAUCUUCCUCAACGUACCUCCAGGACUCCCCAGCGUUGUUCCAUGUCAAUGAAAGAAUGUAUAAUUGUCCGACAAACAAGGUUGGCACUUACCUUCCUUCCCGCAUCAAUUUUCCAGAUUCCGUUAAGGCUGCGGCAGACCCUAGUGGCACAUCUCGAAGACACAACCACAAGACCCUGCGUCAAGUUUCCACUUUCUUUGUUUAUGAAAGUAUGAAUGUGCCUGACAACUGUGAUCUGGAACGUCACCUUGUGUCUCUUUGCAAACAACUAUUGACCGUCUACCACCCAGCAGACCACGAUGACGAUGUUGACAGUGGAGCCAUGAUUUCAAAGUUGGAAAAGCUUCUGCCUACAGAUGUCUUUCCAGGUGUGAAGGGAUGGAUCGAGAACCUUCUUCUUCUUUCUGCCAACCGCCUAACAUCGCCGUCUGGUACCAACCCAGGGCCUAAAGAUGCUCACCAAACACCACUGAAUCAAGAAGACACCAACAAUUCUGACCACUGGCGGAUGUCCCAAGAUUUUGCUGCAGUAUGUAACACUUGUCCAAAAACAGAAGCUGGCUCAUUACGCCGGGUAAAAUUAUUUUUGGAGUUUACCGAUGAAUUCAAACACAAGAAAGAAGAAUUCAAACGCAAAAAGAAAGAGACAGGAAGGGAGGAUGGCCCAAAAGCACCAGUUUGUUUGGUGUCGUUUUACCACAGAGUUUCAAAAGUCAUCGAAUGUGUCGAAAAGUGCUAUUACAAUGAUGCCGCUGUAUUUGCUACCGAAAACCCCAAAUUUGUAUUUAAUGACAUUCGAAAAGAUGGUUGCUAUCGCUGCAAAAGCAAGAAGGCCAAAAAAGGGGAACAAGAACAUGCUGAAGGUGGAGAAGAUAGUGAUAUGUCAUCCAAGAAAAGAAAGACGGCUGUUGUUAGUCCUACAUCGUCCAAAUUGCCCAAGAAAAACUAG